AUGACAUCUGACGCACCCAUCCCACAAACCUCACUCCUCUUCGAUAAACAACCCGCUUUCAUCUACGGAACAGCAUGGAAGAAAGACCAGACGAAAGCGCUCGUAAAAGAAGCAAUCGUGCAGGGUUUCCGACGCAUCGACACCGCAGCACAGCCGCGCCAUUACCAAGAGGCCCUGGUGGGCGAGGCGCUCCGUGAAGCGUAUGGACAAGGCCUCACCAGCCGUAACGAGAUUUAUCUGCAAACAAAGUAUACCACGCCAGCGGGUCAAGACAUGAGUAAUAUGCCCUAUGAUCCCUCGUCGCCCCUUGAGACGCAGAUCCAUACCUCAGUUGCAUCUUCCCUACAAAACCUGCGAACAACCGAGGAUCCAGAACAAGGCGCAUAUCUAGAUUGCCUAUUGUUACACUCGCCGCUGCCGACACUCGAACAGACGCUACAAGCCUGGAAACUCCUGGAAUCCUACGUGCCCAACAAGAUACGCUCGCUCGGCAUCUCAAACGUCACAUUACCGGUACUGGAAGCCAUUUACAAAAGCAGCACUACGAAGCCGUCUGUGGUUCAGAAUCGCUUCUACCCGCAGACGGGUUUCGAUGUGGCCCUUCGCGCAUUCUGCACGAGCCACGACAUCACGUAUCAGAGUUUUUGGACGCUGACUGGGAAUCCUGCACUGCUACGGUCUGAACCAGUUGUCAGUCUUGCGCAGUAUUGCGCGGUUGAGCUGCCGGUCGCACUUUAUGCGCUUGUCAUGAACGCGGGUAUCAUGGUCUUGAACGGGACUACCUCAGCUAGUCAUAUGCGACAGGAUCUGGAUGGACUGCAAAAAGUACGAGCAUGGAUUGAGACUCAUCCUGGAGACUGGAAAAGUCUGGAGGAGGCAUUCAAGGCGUUGAUUGAGGGUGCUGCGCGCUGA